AUGAAUAAUCGAUUUCUUUACAGUGAUACUAUCUCUGGUCGAUGUGAAUGUCCAACGCAUACUUUUUAUGAUGGAUCAAUGUGUUUAAAUCAAAGAUUUGAUGGUGAUACAUGUGCAAGUAACAGCUGGUGUCGCACUGACUUAAACAUCAGUUGUAUAGCAUCGAUAUGUGUUGGACCUACAACUCCUUCCAUUCCAUCGACUACAGUUACUUCAUAUACUUCUACAACAGUUCAAAUAUCAUCACCAUCGUCUACAAUGAUUUCAACAACCAGUGUUACUUCUGCUACGACAACUGUUGCUACAUGUACAACUCUUAUUAAUUUUGACGAUAUUCCUGGUGCAUCGAGCACAUCUGGUAUAAUUCCAAAUGGAUAUAAAAAUCUAAACUGGAUGAAUGCUGGAUAUAUAAAUAUAUCGACAACUCCAAGCAGUAGUGGCUAUCGAGUAGCAGCCUCCAGUAUGCCUUUUGUAAUGUAUAAUCCAACUGGUGGAAACGUAACAAUUACAACAGCAAAUGGUACUCGAUUUUCGUUCGAUUCUUUACGUUUCACUAGCGCUUGGGUCAAUUCUCUUAAUGUUACAAUGAAAACCAUUAGAAGUGGAUCUGUUACAUCAAUUAUUACAUUCAGAGCAUUGACGACAACUAAAAUUACAGACAGCUGUGGUUUUUGCACAAAUAUCGACACAAUAACAUUUGAAAUAGUUGGUGGAAUCACUGGUAGUGAUCUUACACAAAAUGGAACUCAAUUUAUUAUUGAUAACUUGUGUAUUUCAUUUGGAAAUUAA